AUGGCAUCGAGUGCUCAAGGACAGAGAGACACUGAAGACGACAAAAGCAAUGUUACCAGCUCAAGGUCCCAAGGAGAUCCUGUAGGCUCGAAUGUCGAUAGCCAAUUACACACGAACGAAGAGCUCGGGCCUGCCAUAUCGAUGUCCAAUGACAGUGAAUACGAACCGAUCAUGGCAGUUGACCGUGCCGAGCUUACACGCGUUGCAAGCGAAUUAAAGGGCGUAGAAGGUUAUGAUCCGGCUCUGGAUCCUUCUGGACCUGCCUUCGACGUAUACAAAUGGGUCAAGAUGGUCCUGCGUGCGGCAGAGGGCGCAAAUAUCAAGUUGCGCCGUGCCUCAAUUACCUUCAAGAAUCUAAACGUGUCAGGCUCUGGAAUCGCCAUAAAUCUACAGCCGACAGUGGCAUCUUUUCUUCUUGCUCCGAUACGCUUACGCGAGUGGAUCCGCCUCGCAAAGAAGCCUCAGAGAAAGAUCCUUUCUGGUUUUGAAGGUCUUGUGAAACCUGGAGAGAUGCUAUUGGUUCUUGGACGUCCUGGAAGCGGGUGCUCGACGCUCUUAAAGACGUUGGCAGGAGAGCUCCAUGGCUUGAAUAUCGGGAAUGACUCGGUAAUACAUUACAGCGGAAUACCUCAGCACGAGAUGAUCAAGAACUUUAGGGGCGAGAUCGUUUACAAUGCAGAAGUUGACAGACAUUUCCCACAUUUGACGGUCAGACAGACUCUCGAAUUUGCCGCCGCCAUGCGGACUCCAGCGAACCGAAUCUUCGGAGAAUCACGAAACGAAAACGUUCAGAGAAUGACGGCCGUCGCCAUGGCAGUUUGCGGAUUGAGCCAUGUUCAAAAUACCAGAGUAGGAAGUGCGUAUGUACGAGGUGCAUCUGGAGGAGAAAGAAAGCGAGUCAGCAUUGCGGAGAUGUUGCUAUCAUUCUCGCCCAUCGGUUUUUGGGACAACGGUACACGAGGUCUGGACGCUUCAUCUGCCCUCUCAUUCGUUCGGACUCUCAGAUUGAGUGCCGAUUUGAGCGGAUCUGCUCAGGCCGUUGCGGCUUAUCAAGCAUCCCAGGCCAUGUACGACGUUUUUGAUAAGGUCGUGGUUCUCUACGAGGGGAGAGAGAUCUACCUUGGCUCAACUAAGUUUGCGAAAGAUUACUUUGCAGAUAUGGGUUGGCUUUGUCCACCUCGCCAGACGACCCCUGACUUUUUGACCUCGGUCACAAAUGUACGAGAAAGGAAACCGCGGCCAGGAUACGAGAAGAAGGUCCCUCGAACUGCUCCCGAAUUUGAAGAAUACUGGCGAAAAUCUAAGCUUUACCAGUCCCUCCAGCAAGAGAUCAGGGCCCAUGAGGAGGAAGUAUCUGACUUUGCUGCUGCGAAUGAGUUCAAAUUAGCACGCCGGGCUGUACAGGCACAUCACGUUCCUCCAAAUUCCCCGUACACUGUCUCGCCCUGGAUGCAAAUUCAGAUUUGUUCUAGGCGAGGCUUUCAGCGGCUGUGGAAUGAGAGAGUGAGCCGAUUCACCCUGAUCAUUGGACAAGGCAGCAUGUCCCUUAUUAUCGGCUCCGUUUUCUACGGAACGAUAAACGACACUAACAGCUUCUUCGCAAAGGGUUCGACUAUUUUCUUUGCAAUUUUACUCAAUGCUCUUGUGGCCGUCACCGAGAUCAAUCGACUAUACGACCAAAGACCUAUCGUCGAGAAGCAAGUCUCUUACGCGUUCUAUCACCCAUUUGCGGAGGCACUAGCGACGGUGAUAGCGGAUCUACCAGUUCAACUAUCCACCGCCGUGAUCUUCAAUGUCAUUUUAUAUUUUCUGGCCGGCCUUAGGAGGGAGGCUGCACAAUUCUUCAUAUUCUUUCUUUUCGCUUUUCUGACAAGACUGGCCAUGACUGGGCUAUUCAGAACGAUUGGUGCUGCAACUAAAACAAUCUCUCAGGCACUGGCAAUCGCUGCAGUGUUUGUCCUGGCAAUAGUGAUCUACACUGGGUUCACAAUACCUCGACCCAACAUGCACCCCUGGUUCAAAUGGCUUUCAUGGUGCAAUCCCAUUGCAUUUUCAUUUGAGGCACUUCUUGUUAACGAAUUCCACGGAAGACAAUUUCCGUGUGGCAGCUACGUUCCUGCAUAUCCGAACAGACUCGGGGACACAUUUAUUUGCUCGGUUCCGGGGUCGAUUGUCGGUCAGUCUACUGUAUCUGGCGAUGCAUAUCUCGAAACGUCCUACCGAUAUAAUUACAGCCACAUUUGGCGGAAUCUUGGUAUAGUGAUUGCCUUCUUGGCCUUCUUCAUGAUGACAUACUUGGGAAUUACGGAAAUCAACUCAAAGUCCGAAAGCAAGGGAGAAGUCUUGCUCUUCCGACGCGGGCAUGUGCCGCGAUACGUCGAGGAUGGCUUGAGACAUGCGAACCAAGCGUCUCCUGAAGCUCCUGUCGCAAUAGCCGAAAGGCGUGAGAGUCAAGAUGAAGAUAUCCAGGCAAUCCCGUCACAGAAAGUCAUGUUUACUUGGCGCGAUGUUAACUACGAUAUUCCAGUCAGGGAUGGCACUCGCAGAUUGCUUGACCAAGUGUCGGGUUGGGUCAAGCCUGGAACGCUGACCGCGCUUAUGGGUGUGUCGGGCGCCGGAAAGACGACGUUGCUGGACGUAUUAGCCCAACGCACCUCGAUCGGAGUUAUUACCGGCGACAUAUUGGCGAACGGGAAGCCAUUGGACACCAGUUUCCCAAGGAAAACAGGUUAUGUUCAGCAGCAAGAUCUUCAUCUGGAGACGUCGACUGUUCGUGAAGCAUUGCGUUUUAGCGCCAUGCUCCGUCAGCCGAAAUCUGUCUCAAAGAAGGAGAAAUACGAUUACGUGGAGGAAGUAGUCAAAAUGCUUAACAUGGAAGACUUCGCCGAGGCUGUCGUCGGCGUGCCGGGAGAAGGCCUUAAUGUUGAGCAACGGAAACUCCUUACAAUAGGAGUGGAGCUCGCCGCGAAGCCCUCUCUCCUGUUCUUCCUGGACGAGCCUACCAGUGGGCUCGACUCGCAAAGCUCCUGGUCUAUCCUUAGCUUCCUCCGAAAGCUUGCCGACCAUGGGCAGGCCGUCCUGUCGACUAUUCACCAGCCCAGUGCGAUCCUCUUUCAGGAAUUCGAUCGACUCCUUUUCCUCACCAAUGGAGGUCGGACUGUUUACUUCGGCGACAUCGGACCCAACUCACAGACUCUCAUCAGUUAUUUCGAAAGGCACGGAGCCAGGCACUGUACUGAGUCAGAGAAUGUGGCAGAGUACAUCCUGGAAGUGGUCAACCCUGAAACGAGUACCCAACCAAAUCAUGAUUGGGUCGAGAUCUGGAAAUCAAGUGAGGAGAACGAGAAUAUGCUCGUAGAGUUGGAACGAAUCAAUCGGGAAACAAGCGAAAUCCGCGCGGAGGAUAACGCCCCCAAAGACCAUGGUCAGUUUGCCAUGCCACUCUACACUCAGAUUUAUUACACGACGAUCCGAGCUUUUCAACAGUAUUGGAGAACUCCCGGAUAUAUUUGGCACAAGUUUGGUCUCGGUGUCGCGUCAGCUCUGUUUAUUGGAUUCUCAUUCUGGCAGUCGAACAGCUCUCAACAAGGAUUACAGGAUGUGUUAUUCAGCGUCUUCAUGCUCACGGCUAUAUUCACGGCUUUGAUUCAGCAGAUCAUUCCUCGAUUCGUUAUUCAGAGGUCGCUGUACGAGGUCCGCGAACGCCCGUCCAAAGCCUACUCAUACAUCGCGUUUCUCCUAGCCAACAUUUUUGUGGAGAUCCCUUACGAAAUCCUACUUGGCAUCAUGGUGUAUGCUUCCUACUUUUAUUCAGUCUUUGGCGUCCAAUCUUCCGAGCGACAAGGCCUUAUCUUGCUAUUCUGUAUCCAGUUCUUCGUGUAUGCAAGCACAUUUUCCCAAAUGGUGAUCGCCGCUCUGCCUGAUGCAGAGACCGCUGGCAUCAUUUCUACACUUAUGUUUGCUAUGUGCAUGAUAUUCAAUGGCGUGCUCCAACUCCCGGACGCACUGCCGGGCUUCUGGCUCUUUAUGUACCGCGUAAGCCCAUUCACCUACAUUAUCGACGGCAUUGUAGGCACAGCGCUACACAAUCGCAAGGUCGUGUGCGCCGAGAACGAAUUGAGCAUCUUCAAUCCGCCACCGAACAUGACCUGCGGUCAAUAUCUCGCUCCGUACCUACAAUCGGCGCCUGGCACGUUGUACAACCCAACAGCGACGAGCAAAUGCGAGUACUGCGCGCUAUCCCUUGCGGACCAGUACUUGAGUCCCCGUGGCAUCUCGUGGUCGCUCCGCUGGCGCAACUUUGGUCUUGUCUGGGCUUAUAUAGCAUUCGAUCUCUUCAUGAUCCCUGUGCUGUACUAUACCUUCCGCAUGAGGAAAUGGGGCGGCAAGGUUGGAACCAACAAGAGGCGGAGAGGUCUGAACCUUGCUUAUGCACGGAUCCACACGAUAGGCAGGCAGUGCCGAAGGCUGCUGACGGGCCGUCGGGAAAAGCUACCCUUAGAAAAGCGCGCUGAGAAUGCGAGGGUAUACUAA